UAACAUACAAAAAACAGCACUCAUUUACCCAACAUGAUACCACGACUCAAAUUCAUUCCCACAAAAUUCACAAGAAAGCAAAACAGAAAAACAGAUUGGAGCCAAAAUUCUUUUAAAUUAAGCAAAAUAAAAAUGAGGCUAAUUAUAGUCGCCGGUGGACAGGAAUUCGCUGUGGAAGUGGGUGACCGGGAACCUGUCCUGGAAAUCAAGAAGAGGAUAGAGCAGUUCCUGGGAUGCCCAGUUUCCGGACAAACUCUGUCUAUCUGCGGUUGGGAGCUAGUUGAUGGACUGGACCUGGAAGACUAUCCAAUUGUUACAGCCGGUACAAAAAUCGAUCUCACGGUAAAGCCUCCCCCGGUUGCAUUUAACCAUCGCGGUAAAAUCCAAAUCACGGUAAAAUUCUCAUGCAGACAUCUCAACAUUGAGGUAGACAAAACGGAAACUGUCCGCAGUCUUAAGGAGAAAAUUCACAUAAUGGACGGAACUCCAAUCAAGAGACUGUCACUUUUCCAUUCCGGAGUUGAGCUGGAGGACGAUUUCCGGAACCUGAGUGAGUACGGUAUAUCUGAAUUUUCAGAAGUUGUGGUUUUUCUCAAGACAAUGAACCGUCUGAGGGAUGAGCCACCGGCGAGGAAGCUGAGCAUAGUGGUGCAGACGUCGUCAAGCCUGCUGAAUGCGGCUAGCAUUCCUGUGGAGAUAAAGGAUUGUGGCACGGUAAAUGAUCUGAGGCAGAUGCUGCUGGAUGGGAAAAUUCUACCCCAAGAUGACUACUUGUUCAUACACAAGCAGAGGAUCAUGAGGGACAAUUGUAGCCUUAGAUGGCAUGGUGUUGAAAAUGGGGAUUCGCUCUAUGUUUUUAAAGGGACUGUGAGUAGCAGUGAAUAUUAAAGGUACAGUAUAAAUUUGAGUUCAUUUU